AACUUCAUCCUGAAAGACGAGGGGGCCGGUUCUCAGGAGCUGGCGACGCCUCCCCGCUUGGACCCUGCCCUGGCAAGCCGUCUUGCCAGCUUCGGUGAAGUAAAAAAGAUACCUGGUCAAACAGCUGGAAGCAAACGAUUAGGAGAAACACCCCCCCCCCAUUUCAAAGCUCACUUUAAAGUUGUUUUUUUUUUAAAAAAAAAAAAAAAAAAGACAGGGAAGAUUCGAUGUUCUGGAGAGGGAGCUGUUAAAUUUGUAAUUUAAUUCUCAAGAGCUAGGAAAACACAGUUUCUGGCUGGAGUUUUUUUUGGCCAGAUCAUGACAAAUGUUGCUUCUUUACAAGACUGAAAAUGCAUAAUUAGAGCACGAGAAAGCGAACCCCUUUGUCAAGAUGGGUUAGUCUGCAGAAGGUGAAAUCUAGGGAGCACCAGUUUGCCCAGAUCUACUCUGAUAUUGUUCACUAAAUGGGCCAAGUAGAGGCAUUAAAGAAGCUUCCUGUUCUAUCAUACUGUCUCCAGGGUAGCCUUCUGUUCCUGAAGCCACCAUACUGAAGAUUGAUAGACUAUUGCUUAUCAUCCAUCCCCUUAUAAAGUUAUGGACCAAACCCAUCAAAUGCCAAUAAAUUCACCACCAGAUAGCAGAGAUUUCAAGACUGGUAAUAAAGAUGGAGGUGGUUAAAAAAAAGGAGAUGGCAAAGAAAAUCAGGAACUUGGAGAAAAGAUAGUUGAUGUGUUGUUAAGCAAAAUAUAAUGCAAGUGCCUCCUUUAAAGAACGGCAGUUCUCACCUUGCUGCCAGGUGAACCAGACAGGUAACUAAACUAUGUGGAAAUGAAACGUAUACUAGUCUUUCCCAAUCUAAUUUCUAGAAUAGUUUACUGCACGUUUAAAUCUACAGCCCAAGAGGCAAUGAUAAUAUUACUCUUUCCAUGUUAGGCCUGAAAGAGAAUAAUUCUUGGAUAGCAGCUUCCACCCAAGGAGAGCAAGCUUCUAACAAUCAUAGCCCAUUAUUCUAUCCAGAGAUCAUUCAACUCCUUGAUUUCUGAAUUGAGACUUUGCCUGCUUGACAAAUUGCUAAGCACCACCUUCAAACAGGAACCUUCUCUGUUGGUAAAUUUCCGAAGAAAAACUACUGCAUAUUGGGUUUACAAAAGGAGGCUGGAUUAACAGGGCCUCUUCUUUAAAAAAAAUAAAAUAAAGUCAUAAGAAGUGAUUGUUUUAUUGGGAAAAAGUCUUGAUGAGCAGAUAGCUACAUCUGGCAUCAUAGCCAAGCACAGUCUUCAACCUAAGAUUGGAGUUCCCUGCACGUCCAUCUGGAAAUAAGGCUGACUUACCUGAGAACUCAAAAAGCAGCCAAACACUAAAACACAAAAUGCAGAUUGCUUAAAAUAUGCAAGGAUUCACAAUCACAUUUCGCUAGGAAAAACAUUGCUACUUGCUAGCCCAAAAAAUCUUAACCCCCAAAUUCUUUUCAUUUCUUUUGGGAAAGAAGGAAGCUGCGUACUUUGGAGGACAAUAAAAUGCUCAGUUCGCAAUGAUUGAGAAGAUUGGAGCACCAUUCCUGAGAAAAUUAUUAUGGUAUGAUUUUGCCUGAAAGAAUGUCCUUGAGAAAAAGAAUGAUGCCAGGAAAAGAAGCCAGAAUGUCAACAUUGGUUUUAGGCCUUUUAAAAAAAGGGAACGAAAAAGAGUUUGUGGGAUGAGUAGAAAGAGAGCAGGAGGAGCAGCGAACAUUUUAGAAGGAUGAAAAGAUAUAUCUACUGUGGCUUUGUCCAUCCACCAAGAAAUUGUGCUGACUUGCAGCCAUUGUGAACUCCCACAAUUGUGGUCUUCCUGGCUGGGAAGUGACCCAAACUGUACAUUUGGAGAAUGUCACAAGUAGUAAGACUUAAGGAGAAAGAAACAGCAGGCCUUUUUCUUACAGAUACAAAGUCCCAGGUGAAGUCAUCCAAGGUGACACAGAACACACACAAAAAAAGGCUUUUGUUCCUUUAAGGGAAAUUGCAAGGGGAAGAGAUCAGGGAUAUUGCAGAAGGAAAAAGGAGCAUCAGGGUAAAUUCCCAAGCCUGGGAAGCGGCUGGGAAAGUGAUGCCUUACAGAAUCCUAAGGAGAAUGGCAAUUGCUAGCUUUGUAAGAAAAGAAAUAAAACGAUCUGAAACUUCAUCCUUCAAAUGGUUCCACAUCGCUUUCUCUCUGCCCAGGGAGGGGGCAGUUAAAAACUUCCAAUGCUCCUGGGAAAUUCCUCCAGCAAAACUUCCGGCCCAGCAGAUCCACAGAGCAUCGAGGUCUAAGAGAUAACAGGCGAGCAGACGGGGUGUGUGUGUGUGGGAGGUUUCUUUAACUCAGCAGCAGGCAGGCCUGGAGUCAAAAGGUGGAUUGAACGCUGCUUGCAAACAUCAUUGGCGGGCACCGAUCCCUCACACCAUAACAAAGGAACACCCUCCUGCCUGCUGAAAAAGGAGCUGGCAUGCUUAGGAGAAACCACACUCCCAAGAUUAAGAAGCCUUCGAAUAUUUUAAAAAAAAAAGGAUUAAAAAGCAAAAUAAAGAGAUGGUGAUGAUAGGGGAGGGGGCAGUGAGAGGGAAAUCAAGAGCCUGACUUUAUGCAUGGAAGAGGGAAGGCGCAGGGGUCACUUUACAGGAGAUUUUACAAGAUUUCUGACUUUUAGAGGAGACAAACCGAGAUCCACCACCCCCCCCCAUCUUAUGCAAAAGAUCCCCCUGCAUGGAAAAGGAAGAGUAAGGAUCACUUUAGGUUUUAGGAGAUUUUUCCCCCACACUUUUUGAGGGGGCAAAUAGGGACCUCCAUUUUAUGCAAAAGACCCCCAAAUAUGGAAGGAGGAGAACGGAUCACUUUAGAUUAGUUUUUUUAGGAGAUUUCUGCCACUUUGGGAGGGGGCAAACGGGCUCCAAUCUGAUGCAAAAGAUCCCCCCCCCACUUGCGUGGAAGAGGGAGAAGAGAAUCACUGGAUCAGAUUCCGAGAGAUCCCUGCCCCUUUUGGAGGAAGCAGAGACACUGAUCUUCCGCAAAAGAUCCCCCCCCCACCCCACCCGCAUGCUUGAGGGAGGCAGAAGAGAUCCCAGGUUGUUAGAUCGCAAGAGAUUCCUGCCCCUUUUCGAAGGGGGGGGAGAUGCAACGCCUCCCCUCCAAGCUAGGAAAGGCGCUCCGACGAGCCAAGAAUCCCAGCCCCACUUCCGCGAUGCCCCCUCCCUAAGACGGGACCGGCCGGGGUGGGGGAAGCAGGCUUCCUCCAGGCCUGAUCGCCCCCUCCAGGAAGAGCCAGGCCCGGCUGGAGGGGGGCCAAAGGACAUCGGGGGUCCGGGGGCCCCUCCACGUGCCCUGCCGGGGGGGGAGAGGAGAAAAGGGACCCCCCCGUCCGCCCCGCGGCUCCUUUGGCCCCCGAGGGCCGAGGCGAGGCCGUCGGGCCCGGGAGGAAACAAUGAAGCGCCGCUUCCUCGAGGGGGAAGCAGCCUCGCCCGGGCAGGAAGGGCCGGCGCUGCUCAAGGGGGGGAGGGGCCUGCCGAGGCUUCCCGGGCCUCGGAUGGGUGGCGUGGCCCAUCGGAAGGCCCCAGGAGCGACGAUCGGGGAAAAAAAAACACCUUUCCCCCCUUCCGGGGUCUUGGCCGACUUUGGCCUCGCCCGGCCCGGCUUAGCGCGCUACGCGAGUCCCCGGCUUCAGCCCGGCCGACUAGGCCGCGGCGGAGGCGCUCCAGACCGGAACUCCCCGCCUCCUCACGCCCCCUUCCUCCCCGUCAGGCCGGCCGGGAAAAGGGUCCCCGGAGGCCCCGGCCGAGCCGCCCGCCACGCCGGAUACCCGCCUCCUCCUCCGCCGCCGCCGCGCCGUCGCCGGUUCCCGGGAUCGCCUCAUAAAACCGCUGCCGCCGCCGCCGCCACACGCACACUGACAACUGAAGCCAGCGCGGCGCCGCCCCCUCGGCCACGUGACGCGCGGCGUGGGCGGGGCCGCACGCGCGAGGUGGGGCGUCAGGUGGCCGCGGCACGCCCCCUUCGCCCGCGGGCCAGCUCCAGCGCGCCUGCGUGGCGUGGGAGGGAGGGCGAGGAGAAGAAGACAAGGAGGCGCGUUACCCCGUCCCUCCCUCCCUCUGUUUGUUUUCCUCGGCUCUCGCCCCGCCCCCGAGCACGUGACUCUGUUUGGAUCCCUCUCUCUCUCUUUUUUUUCCUCCACCCCCCCAUCUCUCGUCUCGUCCCCCGCAACCUAACCAACCUUUCUCCUUUUCCAGCCUGGGGGUGGAGAAAGAGAAAGAUUUCGGCGGCAUACUUCCGGUUCCUGUGCGACAGGCCUCCCACGCAAGCAAAGCAUCGGCAAACGGGCAAAGUCUCUACCGAUGCUUUGCGGGGAGUUUAUUUACUCGUUCGUUUCUGCCCGGCUAAUUUUAGAUCUUGGGCGGUGGAGAAGGAAUUUUUCUAUCGCUCGGGGGGCCUGCCCCGCAUGUUCCAUUGAGAACCGGACGUGUUGGACCCAGAGAACGCCUCU